AUGAACAGCAUCAAAAUCACAAGCUCUUUGAACUUUAGUUUAUUACAAAAUGCAUCAUUUGUGCAUCCCGAGUAUUUUUUCAUCAGUGGAUUUUCCGGGUUACCUUUUAGCCAAUACUACUUUGUUUUCUUAAUUUUUGUCUAUAUUAUCUCUCUGUGUGGAAACUCAAUUGUCAUUUUUGUUAUAUUAGUGAACAAAAAUCUGCAUGUUCCUAAAUACAUGGGAAUCUUUAAUUUAGCUCUGUCAGACUUUGGUGAAACAAACGCACUGAUUCCUAACCUUGUGAAGACAUUUCUUUUUAAUUCACAGUACAUAUCCUAUAAUGCAUGUUUGGUUAAUAUGUUUUUUUCUUUUUUCUUUGCUGGUGGACAGUCUUUAACUCUUGCUGCCAUGGCCUAUGAUCGAUUUAUUGCCAUUUACUUACCACUGAGAUAUCAUGUAAUUGUAAAUAACUCCUUCAUGUUUGCGACAUUAACCUCAAUAUGGGUAAUUAAUUUUGUUAUAUUUGGCACAAUGGUGAUUUUGAUUACACGUCUUUCAUUCUGUAAAACCAAUGAGGUCAAAAGUUUUUUUUGUGACCACGGGCCAAUUUAUACACUUGCUUGUAAUGACAAUAGCAUAAAUUCUUUUAUGGCAAAAUUUUGUACUGCAGUAUAUCUCUAUGCACCUUUGACUGCCAUAAUCUUAUCAUACAUAGGAAUUCUUUUGGCCUUAACCAAGAUUACAACAUGGGAGGGUCGUUUUAAAGCACUCAAAACAUGUGUCUCUCAUUUGCUGGUAGUAGGAAUAUUUUUUCUUCCAAUUUUAAGUAUGUAUAUUGCGGCAUUAACUUCAAAUCUACAUCCUAAUGCAAGGAUAAUAAAUACUUCGCUAUCAGCAACCAUUCCAUCUAUGGUAAACCCUAUAAUUUAUGUCUUUAACACAAAGGAAUUCAGAGGUUUUAUAAUGAAGAUGCUUAAAAAGAAAAAUAUCACAAUUUCCAAGUUACAGACUUUAGAAAAGUAA